AUGCCUGACAUCGCGAAGUCCGACAUCUCCCCCAACUUGGACCGCGACAAGAUGUUCAACGAACUUUGGUGGUUGAACUAUUGCUUCUGUGAGGGUGUUGGCAUUGGUGCUGUUGGUAAUCCAUUCUGUGGAGGAGAAGCUGUGAACAUUUGUCUCCACAGCAGGUGCGAGAUGACUGAUGUGGGCGAUCCUUUCUGCUCCAACAUCCGUGUUUGCCUGUGCAUUACGGACCAGUGCGCUUUGCCCCCAUCCGAAGGAUCUCCAAUUUGCGUUUGCUUCAACAAAAAGCUUGCAGGUGGUGAUGGAUGGAGUGGCAAGCAGCUCUUUGACUGGUCUACCAAUUUUGGCGACACGUUCUGGCUGUACUACAUCUUCUGCAUGGGUUUGGGCUUUUCUGCUCCUCAAGCCAAUGGUCGUCCUUUAUUCGCUGUGGAGACAAAGGAGCUGUGCAUCAAGGGUGGUACAAAAUUGACCAUGCCUAUGGAGGGCGGCAAGCUGUGCUCCAUGGUGAGCACUCGCCUUUGCUUCUGGGAGCAGUGUGCUUUGCCACCGGCUGAGGGAGCUCCGAUGUUCGUUUGUUUCAACCUUUUGAACCCGAAAGGAUCAUCCGCAAAGCCUUUGGCAUAUGGGAUGACUGUUCAUCGAGGACUUCUCUCCUGCCUCGCCAGCUCCAGAAAAAAGUUCGAAGAGGACCUCGCUGCACUCCUUCCCAGCCGAGAUGCCGAUGGACAGGAGGAAAUUGACCAGAUGGAACCCCUGCAAAACAAGGAUGAUGUCCAAGAAGAGGAGGCGGAAAUGCCACAAGCGGAGGAAUUGGAAGAAGCAGAAAUUGGAGAAGUGGCGCAAGCAGAAGUUGAGGAUGAGCAAGAACGACUGCCGGAAGAUGAAAGUGGUGAUGAGCAGAUAGUUGACGCACAAAGUGAUAAGGCGGAAAUGCCACAAGCGGAGGAAUUGGAAGCAGAAAUUGGAGAAGCGGCACAGAUGACAGACGACAAGUCUGGAGACAAAGCAGAAGCUCAGGCAGGCCGCUUUGAAUUCACCGGGGAGUUCAGCGUGCAUGAUAAUGGAUGA